GAUAGGAAUAAAAUGCGUACAGUUAUAUCCAUACUCGGCAUUAUAUUAAGCCCGAUUGCUCUGGCCCUAGACAAUGGCUUGGCGCUAACACCAGCCAUGGGCUGGCUACACUGGGAGAGAUUUUUGUGCAAUGUUGACUGUGAUACGGAUCCGAAUAACUGCAUCAGUGAGCGUCUAUACAUGCAGAUGGCAGAUGUGAUGGUGAGGGAUGGCUGGAGGGAGGCUGGGUAUGAAUACAUCUGUAUCGAUGACUGUUGGCCCUCCCACCAACGAGAUGCCCAGGGACGCCUGCAGGCAGACCCGAAAAGGUUCCCGGGGGGCAUCAAAAAGCUGGCCGACUAUGUCCAUUCAAAAGGUUUGAAGCUGGGUAUCUAUGGUGAUGUUGGCGUGAACACCUGUGCAGGCUACCCUGGCAGUCAGGGUUACUAUGAGACCGAUGCCCAGACCUUUGCUGAUUGGGGAGUGGAUCUGCUCAAAUUUGAUGGCUGCUUUAUGAACUGGACCUCCUUAAGUGAAGGCUAUGUGAAGAUGUCAAAAGCACUGAACAGCACCGGAAAAAGUAUCUACUAUUCUUGUGAGUGGCCAUUAUACGAGUGGAUCUUCAAUCAGCCUAACUACACAGCCAUCCGCGAGACAUGUAAUCACUGGCGUAACUUUGCUGACAUAUACGACUCCUGGAGCGCUGUCAAGUCCAUCUUGGACUGGACUGCUUCUCAUCAGGACACCAUCGUCCCUGCAGCUGGGCCUGGGGGCUGGAAUGAUCCCGAUAUGAUAAUAAUUGGAAACUUUGGCCUAAGUCAUGACCAGCAAGAAUCUCAGAUGGCCUUGUGGGCCAUCAUGGCUGCCCCUCUGCUGAUGUCUAAUGACCUGAGAGACAUCUGUCCCCACUCCAAAGAACUGCUGCAGAACAGACACAUUAUAGCCAUCAGCCAGGACCCACUGGGCAAGCAGGGAUACUGCACUGCCAAGGUCGAUAGUUUCGAGGUGUGGGAGAGGCCUUUGUCCAAGCACAGGAUCGCUAUAGCUGUGUUGAACAAGCAAGAAAUUGGUGGUCCACGCAAGCUGCUCAUCAGUGCAGCACCUGGUUGGAAGAUCUGUGACCCCCAGUGUAAUGUCACCCGGAUCCUGCCUCAGUACACUGAGCUGGGUAUUCAGACUCUACAAAGCAAGCUAUUUGUAACUGUCAACCCUUCAGGAACAGCGCUGCUGACAGUCUCUCCCAUCAGGGGUUUCACCAAUAACAUGCAUUGGCACGACCACUCUGUCAAAGACAAGCACACCGUUCUGUAG